CAGAAACUCUCGCUAGUCGAGUGAUCGCCGCACAGCCGCUUACUUGUCACUUGCUCGCCAAGUUUACGUUUACGUGAAAAUAUAUAAACAUAAAUAGAAAGGUUGAAUGGGAAACAAAAUAAACAAAAGAAUUUCGAGUUACUGGAUUGUUGAUCUAAUCACCGGAAUAAAAUAGCAUUCGUGAAAAAGGAGAGCAAUGUUACCACCAAGAUGGCGGCAUACGAUUUCGAGACUGUUCCUAAUUCCCCAGCGGUACGUCCUGGGCAUCAUGGGUCUACUGGCGGUAUGCAACGCAUACACGAUGCGGGUCUGCCUCAACCUCGCCGUUACACAGAUGGUCAACAAUACGAAGAAUGAAGAAUUGCAUUUUGAUCCCGACGCGUGUCCUGAUGAUGAUGUGUUGAUUGCGAAUGGUACUUCUCCUUUGAGACCUUACGCAAUUUUCGACUGGUCAGAAUCAACUCAAGGCCUGAUUCUCAGUGCCUUUUACUAUGGGUACGCGAUAACCCACGUCCCUGGAGGAUACUUAGCGGAGAGGUACGGAGGAAAAUGGACACUGGGUAUAGGUCUACUCAGCACGGCGAUCUUCACGCUACUGACACCGGUGGUAGUGAAGGCUGGUGGCGCCACCUGGCUGUUUAUUCUGCGAGUACUACAAGGAAUGGGCGAGGGACCUACAAUGCCUGCUUUGAUGAUAGUGUUAGCCAGAUGGGUUCCACCACAUGAGCGAUCUCGUCAAGGCGCCCUUGUCUUCGGAGGAGCUCAGAUCGGUAACAUCUUUGGCUCCUUCAUGUCUGGGUUCCUGAUGGCUGGUGAUGGAGACUGGGUUAACGUGUUCUACUUCUUCGGGUGCUUUGGAAUUCUGUGGUUUGUUGCUUGGAGUAUCCUGUGCUACAGCACACCGAACACACACCCUUACAUAUCUGAUGAAGAACUGAAGUACCUAAAUGAGACGGUGACAAGUGCUGAUAACAACAGCGUCAGGGACCCCGUACCAUGGAAGGCGAUUGUCAGAUCUGUGCCGGUGUGGGCGCUGGUGUUUGCUGCUGUUGGCCACGACUGGGGUUACUACACAAUGGUGACAGAUCUCCCCAAAUACAUGACAGACGUCCUGAAGUUCAACAUCGCCGCAACCGGCACGCUUACGGCCAUUCCGUACCUCGCCAUGUGGAUUAGCUCCUUUAUAUUCGGCUGGGUUUGUGACGUGUGCAUUAAGUGCAACUGGCAUACCAUCAAGACUGGAAGAAUUAUUCACACGACUAUAGCUGCCACCGGGCCCGCAAUAUGUAUCAUAUUGGCCUCAUACGCGGGUUGCGAUAGGAUGGCCGCAGUCGCUUAUUUCAUAGCCUCCAUGGCUCUCAUGGGAGGCUUUUACAGCGGAAUGAAGGUAAACGCGUUGGAUUUGGCGCCGAACUACGCGGGCUCCCUGACGGCGAUGAUCAACGGUACUUCCACACUGUCUGGAAUUAUCACACCUUAUUUGAUUGGGCUAUUGACACCUGAUUCAACCCUAGUUCAAUGGCGUGUGGCUUUCUGGGUCUGUUUCGCUGUCUUAGUAGGCACAAACGUGGUCUACAUUAUAUGGGCAGACGGGAAACAGCAAUGGUGGGACGACGUUCGGCAAUACGGGUACCCGGAGGAAUGGAAGCAUGGUCCCCUCAAAAUGGCCAACCAAGAUAAAGAGAAAAAUAAAGAAAUUGAAGCGAAUAACUCUAAGAAAUAAGGUUGUAUUCAAAGUGUUGUGAUUAGAACGUUUUGAAGCCGCAGAUUGCUUUUAAGAUACGAACAUUUGAUUUCUAAGGACCUACUACCAUGAAGUAAGACUUCAACUGUGUAAGAGAGAUAGAGCUCACACGGUAUUGUGCGCUGUUUUGCUUCCACAAAAUCUUGCUUUCAGUUUGAUGGUAUGCUCCCUGUAUCCGUAUAGCGCUUUGCCAGAAAAUAAUUACCUACAUACAUAAACAUAAUAUCGUUAUAAAAAUUGCGUAAUGGCUGGUACGGAAGGUUUUAAGGAAGUAUUGUCCGAUUCGCCACUAAAAUUGUUGAUACAAAACGUAAUUUAUAUAUUCCCUACCGACGUAACUUAUAGCGAAUAUGUAUUAGAAAAUAUAUUUUUAUUCAGCUAAGCUUGAAAGCGCUUAAUCUGCGGCACUUAAAAAUGUAUAGUUAUAAAGCAACUAGUAUUAUAAAUUUAAAUAAAAAUAAAUUAUAAUUAAGUAACUAAUGUGAUUAGUUUAGUACUGUUCAAUGCAGGUGAUAUUAAUUAAAGCGAGAAAUGCGAGUCGAUUCCUUGGAAGCCUUUACGAAGCCCAGGGCAAAAGUUCUGGAACUAUGCCAUUGCUUGUUACCACUUACUCUUGGAGUAAUAUUUUAUCAGAUGUGGGAAAGAGAGGGCGCUCUACACAAUAUAUAGAGCAACGUCUCGCUUCCAAAACUAAAACUUUACUUUAAGAGGUCGUGGUGGAACGUAGAACGCGUUACUACAAACGCACUAAGAGGACUUGGCCUACAUUUUUAAUUACUCAACAAGUCCCAGUUAAUUGAAAUGCCGAUUCGUUUAAUUAGAGCGCAUUUCUGGAUUUCUUUGUGUAACGGUUUAUGGCUUGAAAUAGAGCUUUAAAUGCUUUUGACGCUUUGGUAUUUGGACUGUAAGAAAAUUUUGCAUGAAAUAGGCAGUAAAUGUAGUUGUUUAAAAGUAUUAAGAAGUUCGCGUUUACGGUUACCGUAAGGUAUCGGCAGGUGUUAGAAAAAAAAAUCAUCUUAAUUCCUAGUAAAACCUUUUUAUUCAAUAACUCGCCAAUAUCCACUUUAAUCUAGACCAAGAAGGGUUACAAUGAGAGAAUUAAAAACAGAACGUAUUAUUAAUAUUAUUUUAUCCUAAAAUUCCCGUUCAUUUGUUCCGAACAAAAUGAUUGAGCUUAAUUUAAUUUUUGAAUGAUUGAUUGUUUGCUGUAUGUGAAUAUCAACGUGCCAUCAGCGUGUCUGUACUUAUUUAAAUGAAAUAAUAUGGUAUAAUUAAUUUGUUUUCAAUUAACUUCAAGUGCGGAACGAUUUAAAUUUAAAAUUGUUUUCUUAAAUUAUGCCAUGUUAUUGUUAUAAUAUGCCUUACGAUAUUCAAACAAUAUAAACGUUUGUCUUUCCUCGUUGCUAUUAAAAUACAGUAGGCGUUAGGAUUAGGGAAAACCACAAUAAAGUAUAUGAGAGUGUUUCCAUGAAGUCCUAAAUACUACAUUAAUAAAUUUAAAUUAAGUCGCAUUUAAAAAAUGUUUUAUAUAGCCAAUAGACAUGUGAACCAGUUACCAUCUAAAUAAUUUUAAUACAGUGAAUUGGAGAAAUUGUGAUAACUGUUGAAAUAACUAAAGAGUUUCAACAAAAUCGAAUAAACUUUACCUUUAAAUUAUUUUAAAUAAAGUGUUAUAAUAAUAUAAG